AUGAAGAGCCUCCUUUGGCGGGCGCUCAUCCUGCUGCCAUUGGCAGCUGGUAUCAUCAAUUGUCAGAGUAUUACCAACACUGGCUCAUCUCCUUCGCCGUUGGAUAUCAUCACGCAGAUUCCACAAUGCGCCGUUUCGUGUGUUACAGACUCGUUCCUCGGUUCAGGAUGCGCUCUCGACAACAUUGCUCCUUGUAUUUGCACCAAUGUCACUCUGUUAGAGGGCAUGUCUGGAUGCGUCCAGACGUCUUGUGAAUGGCAAGAUCAACUCAAGCUCUCCUACAUGACCGACGACUUGUGCCGGCCCUAUCCUCAUGCCUCCCGCGACCUCGAAAUCAAGCUGGUCGUCGCAGUCCUAGCUGUCAUAACGUUUCCGAUUGUUGCCUUGAGACUCUUGUCACGCGUGACAAUUGCAGGUCGACUGGAACUCGACGACUGGACCACACUUGUCACAGCAAUUAUACUCGCUGCAACAAUGGGUUGUGUAAUUGCAAGUGCCAAACUUGGGUUCGGCCUCCAUUACUGGAACGUCAACCCCGCGAAUGCUCAGCGUAUCUUGCAGCUUUACUACGCCGUUCAAAUGCUUUACGUUACCGUUCUUAUAUUGGCCAAAGUGUCAAUCGUUGCGCUGUACGCGCGCGUUUUCCCCAGCCACAAGUUUCAACUUUUGAACAAGCUGGUUUUUGUCCUUCUCGCGGGCCAUGGAUUGGUCUUUCUUUUCGUCAUCAUGUUUGAGUGUGCACCGAUAGCCGCCAUUUGGGACAGGACCCUCGAGAGGAAGUGCGUGAACGUCAACGCCGUCGCCAUGGCUAGUGCCAUUCUCAGCAUUGUCGAGGAUAUCGUCAUCCUUGCAAUGCCCAUACAACAACUCAGCAAGCUGCAGCUCGGGCUAAAGAAGAAGCUUGCUGUUUGCUUCAUGUUCAGCUUGGGAUCAUUUGCGUGCAUUACUUCGAUAGUCCGCCUGAGGUGGCUUGUGCUGUUUGCCGAAUCCUUCGACACCACUUGGGACAAUGUCGAUGUUGUGACAUGGAGUGUCACCGAAAUAUCUAUUGCAUUGAUGUGCGGCAGUCUUCCCGCACUGCGCCCCCUUUUCAAGAAGAUCCCGGGACUUCUCACCACCAUGCGUGGACCGACAAUCGAAAUAAAAGAGACACACGACAGAGGGAGCAGCCACAUGUCAUUUAGAGACAAGGGUCUCGUGCCCCAGUCCAUUUCACCCAACCCAACCACACCAGAGCCGAUGUCGCCAGACAUGGACAUGGUCAUCAUUCAUAUUUCGAAUCAGGAUGACCCGCGCAUGAAGCCAUUACCACCACCACCGCUACAGCCGCUCACGUACCAGCCGCCUUGGAGAGGGAGCGGUAGUUUGAUGAGCCCCAGGACGCCGAGAACUCCUAGGACACCCAGAACCCCAAUGACGCCUAUGACACCAAGCAGUGUCAGGAGCGUUCGAAGGCAGGCCGACGCAGACUACGAGAUGGAUCUGCGAAGCGUAGUAAACACGAAGACCUGGAUGUAG